ACAGGUCAAAAAUAAUGCCAACUUUUGAGGUUUGUCAAAUUUAGAUGAGGCUAACAGCUAACGGCCACGCUAAAUAUUAACAGUUAGAAGAUUUUCAGACAGAUUUACAUCUUUUUGACAUAUAUACAUCCUAAUUCUAAAAGUAAUCUUAGACCAAAGGUAACCGCUAACAAACUGUCGGCUGCCUUUGUCGCCUUUAUAUUUAUUCAUGCUUUCUGUAAAUGAAGAACUGUGGGGAUGUGAUGUCUGUAGGUAAAAUAAGACUGUUAUUUAUGCAAAAGUUCUGUUUUUAAUAGUUUACUUCCCUAAAAGCAAGCAACAGAGUUAACCCAUCACGGCUCUUUGGGCAGGUAAAAACCAAAGGCCCACACAGGUGCAUGCUAGUCAUCUACAACCACUAUUACAAAAAAGUUGGGACGCUAUUUCAAAUGUAAAUGAAAAUGGAAUACAAUGAUUUUCAGACUUCAUGAACCCAUGUCUUAUCCACAAUAUAAAAAACAACAAAUCAGAUGUUGAGACUACGACAUUAUAUAAUUUCAUGAAAAGUAUUAGCUCCUUAUUUAACUUGAUGGCAGCAACACAUCUCAAAAAAGUAGGGACAGGGCAAAAAAGGCCCAGAAAUUAAGUGCCAACACAUGUUCCUCCGGCAGCUGAGCACUUCCAUCCUUCCCCGCAGCCGGCCAGCUCUCUGCAGAGCCGGCUUUAGCAGCAGCACUGCCUCCUCCUCCUCCUCCUCGUACCUCCCUCGUUUCCCCACUCCUCAUCCACGGUGGCCGGGACCUGGAUUUCCCCCCUGGCCUCCUCGACACCCCCACUCUCACAUCUCAGCAUAUCUGGUUCACUCUGGAAGGGCAUUUCAUGCACAGAGUGUCAACUCUGGAGGGAGCUUACGCUCGUUUCACACCUCUGCUGGCCUCACGAUGGAGCACCACGACAGAGACAGAGAGCCUCCCUAUAAGAGAAAGAAGAGUGUAGAGGAAACAGAAGGACACAGAGGAGGUCAGACCAGCAGCUCAAAGAGGGAGGAUUCAAGCAGCCGCCCUCGACCGAACCACAGUGCCAAAGAUGGAAGUCGAGACAGAGCUGGAAGAGACGUCGGUAGAACAAACAGUAAAGACAGAAAGGGAGAAAGGACUAAAGCUGGAGAUAAAGACAGACAGACAACAAAUGGACCCUCACAUCGAGGGAGGAGCACUCACUGGCAUGCAGAACAUAAAGAGAGAUCCAGGACUCUAACACCAACACCAAAACCUACACAAGAAGAAAAGCCCACGCACAGGCCUAAUCCCUGGUUCAAAGAGAGGAAAACAGAGGAGCAGGGAAGCUGUGAGAGGCAGACAAAAGAAGCAGAGAAACAGUUAAAGGACAGUAAUCAACCUGUAAACCCAUGGAAGAUAGUGGGAACAAACAAAGAGCCAUCUCCAUCUGGAACCAGCCCACCUGACAGACAACAGGAAGAGGUUAAACCAGUGAAACCUCUACAGAGACACUGGGAAGUUUCACCUUCUUGCGGUUCUGAACCCCCACCACCAGGGUGCAGCACAGCGUUUGACUUCACGGUGAUGUCCUAUAACAUCCUGUCUCAGGACCUUCUGCUGGAUAACGCCUACCUGUACCGACACUGUAACCCCAGCGUACUGCCCUGGGACCAUCGACUGCCCAACCUGCUGGCUGAGAUCAAGCAGUACGACGCUGAUAUUCUUUGUCUCCAGGAAGUUCAGGAGGACCACUAUAAAAACCAGAUCAAGCCAGCUCUACAAGCACUAGGUUACCAGUGUGAAUACAAGAAGCGAACAGGAAGAAAACCAGACGGUUGUGCAGUCAUCUUUAAAACCUCCCGUCUCUCACUUCUUUCCUCCAAUCCCGUCGAGUUUUACCGACAGGGUGACCCUCUCCUGGACCGAGACAACGUGGGAUUGGUUUUACUGCUGCAGCCUAACGACACCACGGGGGAGUCGGAUUCCUGCAUCUGUGUUGCCAACACUCACCUGCUUUACAACCCUCGCCGCGGUGACAUCAAACUGGCUCAGCUGGCGAUCCUACUGGCCGAGAUCAACCGACUGUGCCGGCCCCCAGACGGGCUGACCAAUCCGGUGGUGCUGUGUGGGGAUUUUAACUCCACUCCUUGGAGUCCACUUUACAACUUUCUAACCACCGGCUGCCUGGAUUAUCGAGGGAUGCAGAUCGGCAUGGUGUCUGGUCAGGAGAGCAGUCCCAGAGGGCAGCGACUUCUCCCCUCCCCGAUCUGGUCUCACUCUUUAGGGAUUGACUAUCAGUGUCAGUACAAAAAACCUACGGCUGAGUCCUCCAGCAGUCCAACAGCAGUUGAAGGGGCAAUCUCUAAUCUGACUGUAGAAGAUCUCGCCACCACAGCUGCUGCUGCCGCUUCACAACGAGCGAGGAUCGAGCACGGUCUGAAGCUGCAGUCGUCCUACAAGCACCUCCUGAUGCCUGAUGGGAGGCCUGAGAUCACCACCUGUCACUCACGCACCGCCAUGACUGUGGACUACAUCAUGUAUACUCCAGAACUCAUCACACCUCCUUCACUUCCUGGUGGGUGGAGCCUCCAGCUCCUAGGCAGGCUGUCAUUGGUCAGUCAGUCAGAGCUGAAGGAAGUCAACGGCCUCCCAAAUCAGCACCACUCUUCCGAUCACCUCCCUCUUCUCGCUCGCUUCCGCUUACAGCAAUGACCACGGGGACGAGAAAUGUGAAAGUGUUCACGUCGUGAUACCUCAACAGUGGAACUCAGGGAGGAUGAAGGCGUUAAAAAUGAAACAAAACGAGCAAACUUAUUGAAAUAAUGUCUAAAGAUUACUAAAGACUCUGACAGAGGAAACUCUUUCAACACAGCUGUAAAACAGGCACAUUAAAGGGGAUGGACAGUCGUUUACAGGCUGAUAUCAAACCAGAAACUUGAUCCACUUUAAAUCUCUUUGAUAAUACUUAAAAUUAGACACUUAAAUAAUGAAUGUAGUAUUACAAGAAGAUGAAAGGACUUACUGGGCUCAUGUAAAAGCCCUCAAGUGUUGCUUAAGUAUGAAAACAGGAAAUGCCAGCGCCGUAUGGUGUUGAACACUUACGUUUAAUCUAUACUGAUGGCUGUCUGUGUUUGACACUUUUCAUUUGUAUAUCAAACCUUCACUUGUUUAUUGGAGCUUCUAAAAAGUGGUAAAAAUUGUAUCAUUUUUGUCUCUAGUUUCAGGCAGAAUGAUGACAUCUCAAACACAAACUCCAUGUUUCUUAUGUAUAAAACUAAAAGUGCACAAAAAUGGCUUCCCUGUAUCAUUGUUAUAAGUAGUGGAUCAUUUUUGCUGUUCAAAUUGGAGGUCAUGCACAAGUUGAAAAGUGUUAAACAGGUUUUAUGAUCAUUCUGUUGACAGAUAUCAUUAAUACUAAUGUCUAAUUAGUUUUUAAGUUAUUUAAAGCUCCUGUUAGGAGUUUAAACUGGUUAUGAAACAGACUGAAAUUAAGUCUGAUGCCUCUGAUGGUGCAUUUCCACUAAGUGGUCCAGUCUGGUCCAGUUUGGCACGGUCAACUCAGAUUUUGCUUGUCCCUUCAGCUUUGUCUGUAGUCUUUGAAUUCUGGAUCUUAGUAGAGAUCUGUCAAAUUUGGCUCUGCUCAGUAAUAAGAGUCUCUUAGCACACAAAUGCUUGUUUGGGUGCUUAAAAUGCUCAAAAUCUGGAAUAUAAGCCGCUGUCUUAUUUCUUGCUCUUUUAGUACCUUGUGUUUAUGCAGUAUAGAAUAUGUGCAUCUACUUGGUUUAAUUCGGUAAUUCAGCUCUAUGAUUGUUGUCAGGAGUCUACAUCUUUUUACUGCUGUGCUCUCCACCUUUCACCUUUUUUUUUUGCAGUAUACCUCCUGUUUUCUUUACUACCUAACAAGGCAGAAAAGCAGUUUAAAAGUGUCGCCAACCCCCACUGGUCUGGUCUGUAUUAAGUUUUCCAGCACAUCUUGGGCAGAUGUUUGCUAAACACAAUGAAUAAGAUUAAUUUUCAGUUGUGUAUGGUGUAUUACAUUGGCAGCUGGUAACACUGAGUAAUGACGGCCUCUCAGUUCUUUAUACUGGUAUAUUAGUGGAGUCAGUGAAUAGAACACAGGUUACUUUUUAGAUGAAUGCAAUGGUUAUAAAAAGUGCAUCUUAGCCACCAGAUUUUACAGCAUGUGAGCUCUAAAAGAAAAUAAGACCACAAGAAUAAUGGUUAUUUAUUUUUAUAUAUAGCUGUCUUUGGUCUAAAACUGCUACUGCAAGUUGAGGUUAUUUUUUAAAGGUACCACUUUCACAUGUAAAGGACAAAAUCAGCAGGAAUCAGAGGUAAAUCUUUGUCCACAGGGGGCGCCAAAUUUGCCCUGACUGAAAUUUCUUUUACAAUAACAAAUGGUCAUACAUUUUUUUAAUCCAUGAAAGGAUGUAUUUUAAUCUUUGUUUAAAGCUUGAAUAUUUUCAUUUGAAUUUUAAGAGCUGCUGAUGAAGGAGAAACACUUGAUGCUUUUGUUUGAAUGAUAAGUGGACAAAGGAAACAUUUUACAUCUGUUUUAGAGUUAACUUUGCAUUUAUAUGAGCUUAUUGUGAGAUCAGCUGGCAAUCUGUGAAACUUGGGAACACAUCAUAUUUUUUUAACCAUAAAAUUCCUGCAAAGUAAAAACAAUGAAGAAAAGUGCGACUUUCCUAAAAAGAAUCUUGAUAUAAAAAUAGGAAUGGCUUAGUUUUGUUUAAAGGGUUCAAACUUAUUCUUGCAACAGUUGUGUUAUUGUUCCAUUUUAUCAUCCAUAGUGCCAAAAAACCCUUUAAACCUGUAUUAAGUCAAUCAUCAUUGUGGAAAAAACCCUCCUGUCUAAAUUGAUUAUUCAUCAUUAUCACAGGUUUCUCUUACUCAACAUUCACAGAAUAUCAAAGUUCAUUUAUUUGGUCUUUAUUUCACUUGAUUUGACCCAUGAAAGUUUUUAUUUUGAAAAAUCUUAAAGCGGUACUGAAGCAUGAACUUUGUGUUGUCAAAUAGAGGAACUGUAAAUUGAAAAAAAGAAUUUUUGAAAAUGUGCUCAUGAAACAGUGUUUUUAGUUCAUCUUUAUACAUGUUUCACUGAUAAGAAGGAUUGGAAAAUAUUUUUCUAAC